GCCGGGAUUAUUAAUUCGAUGGACACUACUAUCUCAUGAGGCCAGGGGAGAGGAUUUAAGAAUGACAGUGAAGCGACGCGACUGAUGCUGAUUUUCUGCUGGUAUUAAAAUGAGCUGUAUUGGUGGUAAUGGGCAGAUGCUGAACUGCAGUUUCCGGCGAGACACUGUGACUCCACCACAGCUGAAACAACAGGUCACUCAUGCCUGCAUUGCUGUUUAGUCUCAUGAAAAACUAUUUAAGCUCACCUCAGAUGACUCUCAGAAUGUUUGCUGCAGAUCUUCUGGUAUUCAGCUCUAUUCUAUCAGCUGCUUGGGGUCAGUCAGUCCUGAGCGUAUCACUCCCCAAAACCCUCAACAGCACCAGCGGCUCUUGCCUUCUGAUUCCUUGUCUAUUCAACAUUUCAAAAGAGAAAGAAAACAUUCUUGACAGUUCACCAGAAGCAACAUGGAGACGAGGAUCUCUGUGGUCACUCUAUGAUACAGAUCGUUUCACCAUCGAUCACCGUCAGAAGGAACCUGUGAUGGAAGUGCUGGGUGACCUACGAAAGAAAAACUGCACUUCUGUCAUGAGGAACCUCACCAGCCUGCAUUCAGAUCGUUACUACUUCAGGAUUCAAGCUGAGAACUUCGGUGCGACUGGAACAAGAGCUGUGCAUAUAAAUGUGUCAGAUUCCUUGGCUGAGCCGAAUGUGACUGUGCCGGUGCUCAGGGAGGGUGAGGAGGUGAAUCUGACCUGCACUGCUCCAGCUCCCUGCCCCAGUCACCCUCCAAAUGUAAUCUGGGCUCCUGCAUUAGGUGGUGACGUAACACAGAGGACACAGCUGAACGCUGAUGGGACUCAGACUGUUUCUGCCAUCUUGAAUUUCGUCCCGUCGUUCCACCAUCAUGAGCUGAAAGUGAACUGUGUUUCUAUUCAUCCUCUACACAGAGAGGACAGACCCCUGCUCAGCCACAAGAUGGUCAUCCUCAGUGUGGAGUAUCCUCCUAAGGAAACAUGGAUCUCUCUCACAGGCUUGGUCUGGCUUGGUGAUAAAGUGACCCUCACCUGUCAAAGUAAUGCCAACCCUCCUGCUGUCCACAGGUGGUUCAAGAAGAGAGCAGGUGUAGAGGAAGAACUGGGCAUCUCACAUGUGCUUUCCUUCACUGCGGCCCAUGAGAACACUGGGGAAUACAUUUGUGAGGCACAGAAUCAAUAUGGUGCAAUGAACUCCACAAACCUACAGAUCACCGUCAUAGGCAUAUCCUUCACUGCUUUCCUCUCAAUUUUGACAGCUUUAUCAUUGCUCAUAUUUGCACUUCUUGCACUUCUUAUUCUUAUGAUUUACAGAAGGUGGAAAGAGCCAGUCAGAAGUGAAACAAGCCAAGAUCAGAACAUUUAUACCAAUGUGUCCGCAAGUGCAGUGAAAAGCGAGCAGCUCCAAUCAAAGCCAUGUGAAGAUGAGAACACCAGCACCAUUAACCCUGAACACACAUUCAAACAUGAUCUCCCCGACGAAAGCAUCUACGCAAACUGUUGAAGUGAAAAGUAGCAUGUUUUAAAGGGGUCAUGUGAUGUUGCUAAAAAGAACAUUAUUUUGUGCAUUUGGUGUAAUGCAA